AACAAUAAAUUGAUGAGGAUAUUGGACAUAGAAGCAAAAGAAGAUGUUUCAAUGGCUGAUAUCUCAAAUUCAUUGUCGACGAACUGACUUUUCUCCAUGAAUUAAGCAACAAUUAAAGAUAUUCAAUAUGAAGAAAAAGGAGGUUUAACCCUAAUUAUGUGGUUUAAUUCUUCUAAAUCGUCUUAUGUUUAUUAACUUGAUCAAAGUUAGGCAUUUCAAUAAUUUUUUGAAAAGAUAGAUCAAAUCUCUAUUGAAUACGAAACUCAAAUUUAUUCACCUAACGAGGACUAUAAUACUAGUGUUUGGACAGUUUAUGUAAAGUAAAUUUACUGCUCUCCUUUUAAGUACUAAAAUUUGGUUGAUUUUAACGAUGGUUUAUGUUUCGAUUUAAAGUUCCAUACUUGGAGAAUCAAUUUGAAAGGUUUGAUUUCACUAGGAUUAACAGAAACGAUCGCAUACCACAAUAUUUUUUUGCAAUCAACUAACUGAUGUAAAUAAAGUGCCCAAAACAGUUUAUUGCCGACUUUUCAUAGUUUUAGGAAGCGGCAGAGAAACAAGCAGCUAUGAAUUAUUUACUUUUUGUUUUGGUACAACUGAUGAUUGGAAAAGAAAACUCAAGUAAUGAAAUCGAUAAGAAACAAACAGAUGUGGAUUAUUUUUUGUUUGGAAAAAAAAAUUUUUGUUAGUAACAUCCAUUAUGUGAAGAUUUCGCUAAAAGAAACUUGAUAAAUUUGUAUGACUUUGUUAAAAAAAUCAGUAUGACUAAAAACACCAAAAAAUCAAAAGAAAAAAAAAAGUGAAAGGUUAUAAAAGAGUUUUUUUUGUUCGGGGUUCUAGUGAACUUAAAAAUACAUUAAUUUUGGUGAAAAGGGUAUCAAAAGUUUAAUGUGUCUUUAUGUAAUUGAAUUGUUGAAAAAAAACUAAUUUUUCUUCUUUUUUAUUGGUGGCCUUGAAAGCUAAGCUAGGGCAGAUUUUUUAAAAAAUUCUGUACAAGGCUAGGCACUAUUAAUAAUACCACCAUUGUCUUCUCAUUCGAAGCUUUAUAAAUUUUCCUUCAUUGCAAUAACCGUGUUUAGUGGGCCAAGAAACAUAACAAAAUGGUUGGCAUUGGGCCCAUGGGCCUUUAAAUUGAAAUAUUAAUGAACUUGUUUAUGAUGAGCCACAUAUAUAAAGGCACCGCCUACGCUUCAGCAUAAACCCUAGAGAGAUUCUCCUCUCUUCAUCCUCCGUCGUCUCUUACAACUCUUCCUUCCGCCGAGAGUCUCUGAGCCAAACCCUAAUUCGCCUGCGACUAGUAUCACUUGCAGGGAACUUGUAAGGAGGAGGAGACAAGAUGAGAUUGGUCAAGUGUUGGUUUUGCUCUUCUACGAUAUAUCCUGGACAUGGUAUUCAGUUUGUCCGCAACGAUGCCAAGAUUUUCCGGUUCUGUAGGUCUAAAUGCCACAAGAACUUCAAGAUGAAGAGGAACCCUCGUAAGGUCAAGUGGACUAAAGCCUACAGAGCUGCACACGGGAAGGACAUGACUCAGGAUAAAACUUUUGAGUUUGAGAAGAAGAGAAACAGGCCCGAGAGGUAUGAUAGGAACGUUACAGAGGAUACUCUCAAGGCCAUUAAGAAGAUUGAUAAGAUCAGAAGCACUAGAGAAGCUGAACACAUCAAUAAGAGGUUGAAGCCUAACAAACAGAAGAUAUUCAAGAGUGCAAUCACUGAGUUAGAUCAGCACAUUAGUUUGAUCAAGGCACCAGGUUCUCAGCAACAAGAUUCAGAGAAGAUGAAAGUUUUGGUCUCCAGCAACAAGUCUGUUCAAAACGAAGCCAUGGAAGAGUGAUUGUGGAAACAUUUGAGAAUCCAUUUAGAAGAUGUAUUCACUUUACCCCAAAGCUCGUGUUGUCUUUUUAAAAAGUGUUUUAAGAAUUUUUUGGUUUUGAAUUAAAUUACCUGAUACAUAGUAUUUUAUGUCUGCCUUCUUCUUAAGUAUAUCUCUUUUUCUUUU